UCGGAUUUCAGCUUACAUAUGGAGUUUGUUUUGCAGACAAAAUUUAAACAAAGUUUGAUAGUUAGCUUGAUUAUUUGAACGGGGACCUAUGACUUAUGAGCGGUGGAAUUAGAAAUAAUGGAAGAAAGAAUUUGCUUAGUUUUGUUUCUUAUAAACUUGGAGUUAAAAGUCGGUUUGGUUCAUUUGGCAUUUGAUAUUAUUUUUCGUUUAAUUCUAUUUCCUUUUUGCCCCAAUAGAUUACAAGUUGAUCAAAUGAUCGUCUGUCUCAAGCUGGUAGCCGCGGUGGCUGGGCAGGUGCUAGCUGGCAUCACCUGUGCGACAAAAUUCUUUUAUUCACCAUAGCUGAGCUGAUUUAUUUUUUCAUAGAAAACCAUCUGAUCUCAGACCCUCUCUCUCUGUGUGUAUAAUUCCAAAUCAAUCUCUUUCGUUCCCCUCUCAACAUUUCUCUGUGUGUAUAAAUCCAAAUCUAUCUCUUUCGUUCUCCUCUCAACAUUCUGGGAUUUAGGACCUCAUCAGCCUAAGGCAGAUUAAAACCCAAAUCGAGAUGCAGAAGAUGAAGAAUCCGCGUCCUAGGUCUUCUAAACCAACGACAAUUCAUGGCUAUGCGCAGUCAGGAGAUAUGAAUGCAUUCCAGAAGUUACUUCGCAACAAUCCAUCUCUUCUCAAUGAGCGGAACCCUAUCAUGGCACAGACACCCCUUCAUGUUUCUGCUGGUUACAAUAGAAUUGAGAUUGUGAACUUUCUUCUUGAUUGGCAAGGGCCUGAAAAGGUUGAAUUGGAGGCCAAGAACAUGUAUGGGGAGACUCCUUUGCAUAUGGCAGCUAAGAAUGGAUGUAAUGAAGCUGCAAAAAUCCUUCUUGCUCGCGGUGCUGUUGUUGAGGCUAAAGCAAAUAACGGGAUGACUCCUUUGCAUCUUGCUGUUUGGCACUCGCUCAGAGCUGAAGACUUCUCAACUGUAAAUACACUGCUGGAGCAUAAUUCUGAUUGCAGUGCUGAAGACAAUGAGGGAAUGACACCUUUAGAUCAUCUCUCACAAGGCCCAGGUAAUGAAAGAUUACGGGAUCUUCUCCUCCGGCAUCUAGAGGAGCAGCGCAAGAGAAGAGCCAUUGAAGCAUGUGGCGAGACAAAAGCCAUAAUGGAUGCUCUUGAGAAUGAGUUAUCAAAUAUAGUUGGAUUGAAUGCACUUAAGCUGCAACUUCAGAAGUGGGCCAAGGGGAUGCUCUUGGACGAGAGGCGCCGUGCCCUUGGGCUUAAAGUUGGUGCCAGAAGACCACCUCAUAUGGCCUUUUUUGGUAAUCCUGGAACAGGUAAAACAAUGGUAGCUCGAGUCCUCGGAAAACUACUCCACAUGGUGGGCAUACUUCCAACUGAAAAGAUACAAGAAGCAGAGGGAGGCAUUCUGUUUGUAGAUGAAGCCUAUCGCUUAAUACCAAUGCAGAAGUCGGACGAUAAAGACUAUGGAUUAGAAGCAUUGGAGGAGAUCAUGUCCUUCAUGGACACUGGAAAAGUGGUUGUAAUAUUUGCUGGCUAUAGUGAACCAAUGAAGCGUGUAAUAUCUUCGAACGAAGGCUUCUGCAGGAGGGUGACGAAGUUUUUCCACUUUGACGACUUCAGUUCGAAAGACCUUGCCCAAAUUCUUCAUCUUAAAAUGUGUAAUCAAGCUGAAGGAAAUCUACUGUAUGGAUUUAAGUUGGACCCCUCAUGCACAGUGGAGGCAGUUGCCGCUCUCAUAGAACAGGAAACAACUGAAAAACAACGUCAGGAGAUGAAUGGAGGUUUAAUUGAUCCAAUGCUAGUAAAUGCUAGAGAGAAUUUGGAUUUGAGGAUAGAUUUUGAAUGUAUAAACACGGAUGCUUUACUAACGAUCACCUUGGAGGAUUUAGCAGCUGGUCUUCAGCUGUUGACACAUUGAGUGGGGGUAAUAUUUCCAAGAAGCCCGAGAAUCAGGAUAACUGUACUUGUCUAGUCCAAUUUCCUUCUCAUUUAUGAGACAUUCUAUCUAGGUCACAUUCAUUGAUACAAAUCAGUGGGGCAGUCAUUUUUUAAAUUAUCAAUGCAAUGUGAAAAUUUUUACAUUCCUAUAGUUCUCUUGCAUAUACACUAUCACAAAUUCUUAUGUGAUGGAGCCUAAUCAUUUGUUACUGAAAUACAACUGGUUAAUGGUUAGAUUUGCGUAACACAGUUUUACCAACUUGUGCCUAUAAACACUUGAAAUGUCUAUUUGUAGGGUAUGUUCUAAUGCACUUGCAACUAUUUGUGAUGGAG